GAUUUAUAUGGACGUUCUUAGAGCUACAAGAUCCUCAAAAUCAUUGCAUGAUAGAAUGAGGGAUAAGCAGAUAUUGAACAACUUCAAUGAUUCUCUGAUAAGUCGUCUCUGGGAGUUGUUAUGCUGCAGCUCUAGCUUUGUGGAUUCUAUGAAAGAUGAGAUGCCAAUACUCUAUGCAGGACUGAGGUUUUUGAGAAGCAUUUUAAGGGAGCAGCAGGAGAAGAUGAAUGAGCAAAACGAAAAAAUUGGUGCUCUUCUUUGUGAGGCAGGCAUUAUAAUUUGCUCGCCUUCUCUAAACAGAGUGAAGGAAGGAGAAGUUAGCUUCUUAGAAUCCACAGAGGUCCUUGACUGUUGUGAUAUGCUGGCUAAUACCAACACCCAUCUCAAGCAUUUUAAGGAUCAGAUCAGUGGCUCAAGCGUUAUUGAAAGUCUUCCUUCCUUUCAUAGCUUAAGAGCACCAGAAGUUAGCAAGACUUCCACCCACAUGCUAUCAAAAGGUAAAAUGCCAAUAGCCCAUGAAGUCAUGGUUGGUCUUGAUGAUGAGGCAGAAAAAGUAAUUGAACGACUUGUAAGCGGAUCAAAACAGGUGGAAAUUGUUCCCAUUGUGGGAAUGGCUGGGCUUGGUAAGACAACUUUAGCCAAAAAAGUUUACAAUGAUAGUUCAGUAAUCUAUAACUUCCACAUUCGUCUUUGGUGUAUAGUUUCUCAAGCCUAUAACAUGCAAAAUGUGUUACUUCAAAUUUUACACUCUGAUGGCAAACAUUCGAGGAUGGAUGAUGAGUUUCAAAAUCUGGAUGAACAUGCGUUGCUUCAAAAGCUCUACCAAAAGCUGAAGGGGAAUCGGUAUCUUGUUGUUUUUGAUGAUGUCUGGGACAUUGAAGUAUGGAAUGAGCUGGGAAUUUCAUUCCCGGAUGACAAGAAAGGAAGUAGAAUCAUCUUCACAAGUCGAUCUUCUAAUGUGGCUUCACAGGUUGAAUAUGGGGGGAAACCUCACAAUCUUCGCCCACUCAGUGAGAAAGAAAGUUGGGAAUUACUGCAGAAGAAGGUUUUUGGAAAAGAAGAUUGUCCUCAAGCAUUUCAUGGAUUGGGAAUGGAGAUCGCCAAAAAGUGCAAAGGAUUGCCACUUUCAAUUGUUGUUGCAGCUGGAGUCCUAGCAACUAUAGAGCAUGAUAUUUGUGUUUGGGAAGGAUUUGCUGAAAGUUUAAGUUCAACCACGGUGUCUGAUGCAGAACAAUGCAAAAAGUCGAUGGAGCUCAGUUAUGAGCAUUUACCAUAUCACUUGAAGGCCUGCUUGCUGUAUUUUGCUGCAUUUCGAGAGGAUGAAAAAAUUUGUGCCAAGAAGUUGAUGUGUCUCUGGAUUGCAGAAGGGUUUGUGGAAAAAAUUGAAGGAGAGAGACUGGAGGACAUUGCAGAAGAAUAUUUGAUGGACCUAAUUGGUCGAAACCUAGUUAUGGUAAGUGAAAACAGAUCCAUUGGAGGAGUCAAAACUUGUUACAUUCACGAUUUGAUAUUUGAGUUCUGUAAGGGUGAGGCGAAAGAAAAGAAAUUUCUUCAGGUCCUGCGAGGAUAUGAUGAGCUUUCUAUCUUUAAUGAACCUCCCAACCUACCUCGGUUGUCCAUUUGCUCCAGUGAAGAGGAUUUUAUAAAGUCAAAGCUAUUUUGUCCAUAUUUAGGUACUCUGGUAUUCUUUGAUGCUACUCCAGGACGUAAUAAGUUUAAGUUGCUUAAUAUCUCCUUCCUUUUUUGCAUCUACAAACAUCUUAAAGUUCUGAAUUUAGAGGGCAUUAACCUAAGGCUGAAGGAACUCCCAACUGAAGUCGAAUCACUUCUUUGUUUGAGGUACUUAGCCCUUACAGCUUGGAAAAUGAAAUUCAUUCCCCCAUCUAUAGCCAAUCUCUCACAUUUGGAAACCUUUCGUCUAAAAUCUGGUGAGAAGAUUUCAUUGCCGGACAGUAUCUGGAACAUGAAGAAGUUGAGGCAUGUACAUGUAAGGCGUGUUUGUCUUCCUUCCAAUAAAAACGUUGUGAAAAUUCUCUGCACCCUACACAAUUUAGACACACUCUCUACUCUGUGUCUUUUUCGUCGAGGGGAAGAGAACAUAUUGAGAAGGAUUCCCAAUAUUCGCCAACUUAAAAUUUUCAAUUGUUGGGGAAAAAGAAGUGUGCGCUGCGACAUGAGUCGACUAGAAUGCCUAGAAUCACUCACCUUAGGGGGCUACAACUUCUCAGGUUCACGGGAACAUGUUGGGCUUUCUUUUCCCAAGAAUUUGAAAAAGUUGUGUCUUUCCAACCUGGGUCUAUCCUGUCGAAAAAUGUCAUUGAUUGAACAAUUACCCAAUCUUGAAGUCCUCAAAUUAAGACAGCGGUCAAUGGACGGCCAAAAAUGGGAGUUGAUGGAAGGAGGAUUCCCUAAACUCAGGGUCUUGACGUUGGAAGAUGUAGAGGUUGUGGAGUGGAUAGAGACAGACCAUGACAGUGAUGAUUACUUCCCGUGCCUUCAGCAAUUAAAACUCCACAGAAUUUCUUAUUUGGAAAUGAUGCCUGCUUGUUUAGGGCGUAUACCAACUCUUGAAACCAUUAAGAUGAAUGUUUGUGGAGAUGGUGUCAAAUCUUUAGUAUGGGAAAUUGCAGAAGAACAGAAAAAUUAUGGAAAUGAGAAUCUGAAGAUCAUUUAUGGAAAAUAUUGAAGGGCAUCAGCGGGUACAAUAUCAGGGAGUGCUACGGUAGUGCUCAUCUGUGUGGUUUGGCUUUCUUUGGUGCUUUUGUAGAAGAUUUGAGGUGACAGUAGGCUCUUUUCUUGUCAAGAUAUGGUGGAAACAAUGAAUGAGGCUUGUACACCAUUCACAAUUUUAUCAAUCUGCAUGGCAGCAUAAAGGCCAUGCAGAUAAUUUGCUGUUGGCGUAUUUUGUGUAAUUUCGUUUUGCUGAAUUUAGUAAUGGUUGUGUGUUAUUUCUUUUCAAACAUGUGUGAAUUUGCUGAAUUGGGACAGUGUACGAAGAUACUGCGCAAAUGGUUGGCCUUUUGCUCUCAAGAAA